AUGUUUUACUUACUCCAGAGCCAGGACAGGCUGCCCUGUGCCUCCCCACCCAUCACCCAGGGAGACUGUGAGGAACAAGGCUGUUGCUACAACCCCAGUGAUAGGGUGAAGCCUUGUUACUAUGGCAAUACAGUGACAGUGCAGUGCACUCCAGAUGGCCAGUUCUCCCUCGCAGUCUCUCGGGCUGUGACUCUGCCUCCCCUGAUCCUGGACACGGUGCGUCUGGCCAGUGGGCGCGGAGCUGGCUGUGUCCCUGUGGGGCAGAACAACGCCUUUGUUCUGUUCCGGUUCCCACUCUCUGCUUGUGGCACCACUUUCCAGAUGGCUGGAGACCAGGGUGUGUAUGAGAAUGAGCUGGUGGUAGACCGGGAUGUGAGAACCUGGAGUCUGGGCUCCAUCACCCGGGACAGCACUUUCAGGUUACAUGUCCGCUGCAGCUACUCCAUCAGUAGAAACUUCCUCCCCUUGAGUGUCCAGGUCUUCACCUUGCCCCCACCCCCUGCUGUGUCCCAGCCUGGCCCCCUGAUGCUGGAGCUACGCAUUGCCACAGAGCAGAACUAUGGCUCCUACUAUGCAGAUUGAGAUUACCCUGUGGUGAAGGUUCUGCGGGAUCCCAUCUAUGUGGAGGUCCGGAUCCUGUAGAGAACUGACUCAGAUCUGGUUCUGGUCCUGCACCACUGCUGGGCCACCCCAAGCACCAACCCUCAGCAGCAGCCACAGUAGCCUAUCCUGGUGGAUGGGUGCCCGUAUGCAGGAGAUAACUACCGUACCCAGCUGGUGCCUUUGGAAGCCGCCUCAUGGCUACAGUUCCCAUCUCACCACCAGCGCUUCAUCGUCAGCACCUUCACCUUCAUGGAGUCUGCCUCCCAGCGGGCACUCACAUGGCCGGUGUACCUGCACUGCAGUGCCUCCGUGUGCUUGCCCUCCAGGCUGGAGUCCUGCACCAUCUCCUGCCCUGCUGGAGCCAGGGGUAGAAGGAGCUCUGAGCAUCACCCAGAGACUGGCCUUUCCCCCAUCACCAGCAGGGGGGCUGUGUUUCUUCUCCAGGAUGGUGUAGAAAAGAAUGAUGCUGUGCAGAGCUUUCAUGAGUACCAUGGACCUGACCACUCCUAGCACUUGGUCUCUUUACAAGGGAGCUUGGGUGCAGCCAUAAACAACACUGCCAGAGCUGCAUCAGUUAUCGGGACAUGACAUCACCUUGGGCUCAGAUGAGCACCAAGAUGCACUGCUCCCUGCCUGGCACUGAUGUGCUUGCACUGGCCAACCUGCCAGUUGUAAGCCUCUGAGUCUAGAACCUCCAUCCCUAGGUGUCUUAACUUGGACCAAUACCAAGGUGGGGGAUUGAUCUUUACCCCAUUCACCUCUCAUCCCCUUGGGAAGAGAUGGUGAAAACUCUCAGGUGGCUUUGUUGGCUCCUAGAACACUUGAAAUGUCAACUGCAACCCCAAUUCAGAUUAUGGUAGCGUCAGGCGGGCCUCAAAAUUAAAAACUGCAAUUGCUGCUCAUUUUGGUCACUAACAUGGCAAUGAAAGGGGUUCAUACUAAUCAAGUAUCUAGCUCUCAUAU